AUGUUACCCCCCAAAACGAAAUUCGUACGCGAAAUGGAGCGCAACAACAACCAUACGCGCAAAUCCACAUCCCCAUCAACAACCCCAUCCCCCAAAAUCUUUGGCCAAAACCACACAUACUCAGCCCCCUCGGUCCCAGACAUGACCUACUUCGCCCGCAUCCUCCACUACCAACGUUACGGCCACGACGGCCUCGCCUGCUCCGGUGCGUGCUCGAGUAAUUACACGCUGCCAAUGUACGAGAAGCAGGGUUACAUGUCGCCUUACCAGGUCCGGUACACGGAGCGUCCCGGCUCGCGGGGCUCAGUGCAGAGCGAUGCGUCCUUUGAUGUUGCGGGAUACCGGCGGGAGUUGGGAGCUGCUGGUGUGAAGAAGAGGAGGUGGCAUACGUUUUUGGCGGUUAUUCUCGCGUUGUUGAUUAUUAUCUUUGGCGCGGGUGUUUUGGCUUUUGUUUUAUUGUCGAUUCGGUUGAGAUGA